CUCAAAGCGGAAGUACUCGCUUUGCUGCAGCUGUGAUGAACCAGGAAAGGAUGUAGAACCCGAACAAAACGUUCAUUUUAACGUACAAACCGACUUUCACGCGUAGAUAAAGACUCGGACGAAGGGGACGAUAUGAUUUUAGGGGCGUGUGUGUCGUUUUUCUGGAUAAUAUCGUCGGUGGGAGCAGCUAAGACCGCAGGGGACGAUGACUGGGUCUAUCUGCCCAACAAAUGUGAAGUCUGUAAAUUCGUCAGCAUCGAGAUGAAGUCGGCGUUCGAUGAGACGGGGAAGACCAAGGAGGUCAUCGGCAGGAACUACGGCUUCAUCGACAGCAAGGGGGCGCCGCCCAUCAAAUACGUCAAGUCAGACCUCCGAUUCAUCGAGGUGGUAGAAAACGUGUGCCAGAGGCUGUUGACCUACAAUCUGCACAAAGAGAGAAGUGGAAGUAACCGCUUUGCCAAGGGCAUGUCGGAGACCUUCUCCACCCUGCACGGGCUGGUGAACAAAGGCGUGAACGUGGUGAUGGACAUCCCCUUCGAGCUGUGGAACGAGACUUCGGCAGAGGUGGCCGACCUCAAAAAACAGUGCGACGUGAUGAUCGAGAGGUACGAGGACGUGAUUGAGGACUGGUACAAAGGCAGCCAGGAGGAAGACCUCACCACGUACCUGUGUGAGAAGCACGUCCUCAAAGGGCAGGACGCAGCCUGCCUGGACGAGGAGUGGAGCCCGAUGAAGAAGGGCGACCAGGCGGCCCUGGCCGAGGACAAGAAGAAGAAGAAGAAGAAGAAAAAGAAGGCGGGCAGGAAGGGAGAGGGGGGGGACGACGGGGAGAAGGCCACGAAGAAGAAGAAGAAGAGCGAGAAGAAGGCCAAGAAGAAGAAGAAGAGCAGAGCUCCGGUGGAGCGGGCCGACGGGGGGGCGUUGUCAGGCGAGGAGAUCCACCCGCCGGUCCCUCUCUCUGGGGCCAAGACGGAGCUGUGACCCCCCCUUCUCCCCCUCCCCCUCCCCAACCCUCACCCCCCCCGAAUCAGCUGUUUCAUUCAACGGUUCCGUUACGUUUAGAUUUGUUCUUUUUCGGCUUCUAACGGCUUCGUUUUCAUGAUGCUCUUAUAGACCCCCCCCCCCUGCCCCCCCCGAACAGAUCACAUAUUGAUCACGUGGCUGGAACCGCUUUUUUUUCUUUUUCUUAUAUCUUCUUCCUCUGCUCAUUGUAGAUUUUUGCAUUUAAUGCAUCAAAAUGUGAAUUUGUAUGUUUUGUUUUCUCAUUUGCUGUUGGUUUGUUCCAUCGUAAAAAAAGUGGGACGUUGUUUUUGGGUUCAUUAUUUUGUUUUCUGUUCCUACAGAAACACUCAGAUUGUGUCUCCUGAGGCCGUAUGUAUUGAUUUUCUCUUUAAUAUCUUAAUAUUCGCAGAUGUUUUCUACCGGUAGAGGAUUAUUGAUCCUCUUUACGGAGUCAACACAACAUGCAAACUUUUCCCUAAACGUCAGAGAUCUCCGCCCAUGUCCUUUCUUUUCCAAUUAUUGUGUGUGUGCGCGCGCGUGUUUGCUGCACAACAGCUGCUAUUUAAGAUGUAUGUAUAUGUGUGUGUGUAUGUAUGUAUAUGUGUGUGUGUGUGUGUGUGUGUGUGUGUGUUUGUUUACAGUUUUUUAUUGAGGUAAAAUGCUGCCUGUGUUUAUUGGAGCUGCUUUUUUGACCCCAUGAACCAACACAUGGAUCAAUAAAAAGUUGUGACUGUU